UAUCGAUGAUGCGUCCCUCUGUCAUUCUCUCUCUUAGGGCCCUACCAAAAUUUCCCCCCCGACUAAAACUGAUUCUUCUCUCACUCACUCACUCUCUCUCUCUCUCUCUGCAUUCAUAUCUUUUGCUGGCGGACAUUGCCUUGUAGAUUCUCUAUGCCCCCUUCUCUCUCUGCACGCGCUCUAUCUUUUGCUGCCCGACAUUGCCUUGUGGAUUCUCUAUCUUCUCUUGCUCUCUGCUGGCAUUCUUAAGAUGCGUUCCUUCACCGGAAUAUAACCCGAACAAUAGAUUUCCUUAUUCGUCAGCUAGAGAGAUAUGCGCUUGCAGUUGCGUUAUGGUUAGAUUGGGGGCUUUUGGCGGAGCUGCAGUGUUUUGCUUGAGGUCAGGGUAGAGAGAGAUGUCGCAUAGGGACGCCUCUGCUGGGGUACCCUCUUCUUCGUCUGCUGGUGGUGGUCGAGUACGGCAACGAAGACGCUCCAGUGAGGUCCCUCAAGAAGUGAAUAAAGCCAAUGGAGGAGGAGCUCAUCUUCUCAUCGAUGAUAAGAGCAAGUAUAAAUCGAUGUGGACACGUAUACGGUCAUCCGUUUGGAUGAUUGGAGGGUUUGCAUUCAUAAUAUACAUGGGCCACCUUUACAUAUGGGCAAUGAUCGUUGUCAUCCAGAUAUUCAUGGCAAUGGAACUUUUCAACUUAGGGAGGCGAGCCCAUGAAGAUAGGCAUCUUCCAGGCUUCAGGCUUUUGAAUUGGCAUUUUUUCUUCACAGUGAUGUUGUAUGUAUAUGGUCGCUUCCUCAGUCGGCAGCUUGUCAACACUGUAACUUCAGAUAAAUUCCUAUAUCAACUUGUCAGCGGCCUUAUAAAAUAUCAGAUGUUUAUAUGCUAUUUCUUAUAUAUAGCAGGUAUUGUCUGUUUCAUUCUUACCCUGAAGAAGAGAAUGUACAAAUAUCAAUUUGGCCGGUUUGCUUGGACACACAUGAUUCUUUUUGUGGUGUUUGCCCAAUCUUCUUUCACAGUGGGAAAUAUCUUUGAAGGAAUCUUCUGGUUCCUCUUGCCAGCAUCACUUAUUGUGAUCAACGAUAUUGCUGCCUAUUUUUUUGGGUUUUUUUUUGGUCGCACACCGUUGAUAAAGUUAUCUCCUAAAAAAACCUGGGAGGGUUUCAUUGGAGCUUCUGUGACAACGAUUAUCUCUGCAUUUGUGCUAGCAAAUGUAAUGGGGCGUUUCCAAUGGCUGACGUGUCCAAGAAAGGAUUUAUCUACUGGAUGGCUUUAUUGUGAUCCAGGCCCUAUGUUCAAGCCAAAAUACUACUCUUUAGAAGGAUGGUUACCUGAUUGGUUUCCUUGGAAUGAAGUGUCAGUAUUACCCGUUCAGAAGCAUGCUCUAGCACUUGGCCUCUUUGCAUCAAGUAUAGCACCUUUCGGAGGUUUUUUUGCAAGCGGUUUUAAGCGGGCUUUCAAAAUUAAGGACUUUGGUGAUAGUAUUCCUGGUCAUGGUGGAAUCACUGACCGGAUGGACUGCCAGUCUUGGGCAGAUGGUGAUGGCUGUGUUUUCUUACAUCUAUUAUCAGUCAUUCAUUGCAACUCAAAGCACUUCUGUUGAGAUGAUAUUGGACCAGAUAUUGAAUAAUCUUACAAUUGAGGAGCAAAUAAGCCUUUACCAGCAGUUGGGGAAGUUCUUUCAGGAGAGGCAAUUGGCGUGACUGUUGUGAAGCAUGCGUUUACCCCUGUUCUGAAUAUCAUGUACAUGGUGUUCUCUGUUUAUCAACUACUUAGAUCCUUUCGACUCUGAGAUUGUACAGCCUUUUAACAAAUUGUAUUUCUGUUCCCACUAGGUUUUAUUCCUUCUGUUCUCAGUAUUGUUUUUUGUUGCUGAGAAAUUCUUGAGAAUGAGACGUCUGCUCGGGUUUCUUGUGGACAAAUCCUUGUAUUGUUUUGCAUUACCUUCUUCAAAAUUUACUUCCUAUUGAUUGUUUCUUCAA